AUGGUUACAACUAUGGCACAUCUUAAUGAAUGUAUUAAUAAAGUUAGUGAGUUAGAAGUUAUUCAUGAAGAAGUUAUAAAAGAAAUUUGUGAACAAUUUAAAAUUAUUUGUUUAAGAGAACAAAAUGUUGUUCCAAUUAAUAGCCAAGUAACAAUUGUUGGAUGUUUAAAUGGACAAUUACAUGAUUUAUUAAAUAUUUUUAAAAUGUCAGGGAAAAUACCAUUUACGAAUUAUUUGUUUUUAGGAGACUAUGUUAAUUUUGGAAUGAAUGGAUUAGAAGUUUAUAUUAUCUUAAUGUGUUAUAAAGUUUUAUAUCCAACUAAAAUAAUUAUGUUGCGUGGUCAAAAUGAACUUAAAAUGUUUAGUGAAAUUGGUGGAUUUCAAUCUGAAUGUUUUAGUAAAUACGGUAAUGAUAAUGUAUACCAAAUGAUUGUUGAAACAUUCAAAUACUUACCUAUUGCUGCAGUUGUUCAAGGAACUUAUUUAUGUUGUCAUGGUGGAAUUUUAAAUCAUGUAUCAUUAGAUAAUCUUAAUACACUUCCUCGUGUUAAAAAUCUCACUGCAUCUGAUGCUUUAACUUGGUUUAUUAUUGCUCAAGCUAAAGAAGAAAAAUACACAAAAUAUUUCAAAUGGUAUGAACGAACUGAUGAGUAUCAAUUUACUGAAGCUGAUGUUACUCAAUACCUCGAAAAAGAAAAUUCUAAUAACCCUUCAAGACAUUUUAAACUUCUUAUUAACACAAAUUCAUUACAACCAUUAGGUGAAGUACUCUCUGAUAAUAAGUCUGUUCAUUCUAUUUGGAGUGCAACCAAUUUUGUUGGAGAGUUUGGUAACUUAGGGUGUUAUUUGGAAGUUAGUAGUGCUGGAAUGAUUGUUUCAGUUCAAUAUUGUGCACCACCACUCUCUGCUAUGCCAAAGAAUUGGAAACCAUUACGACAACAAAUCCCAAAAGCUGUUCCUGAUUUCUUUGCUUAA